UAUUUUAUUUUAUUUUUUUGGUUCUUUUUUUCGGAGCUGGGGACCGAACCCAGGGCCUUGUGCUUCCUAGGCAAGCGCUCUACCACUGAGCUAAAUCCCCAACCCCAAAAAGUUGUAUUUAUUUAUUCUAUAUAAGUACACUGUAGCUGUCUUCAGACACACCAGAAGAGGGGAAGAGGGCAUCAGAUCCCAUUACAGAUGGUUGUGAGCCACCAUGUGGUUGCUGGGAAUUGAACUCAAGACCUCUGGAAGAGCAGUCAGUGCUCUUAACCGCUGAGCCAUCUCUCCAGCCCAUGUCUUUAUUUUUUUAAGAGAGAGUGCAAGUGAUAUGUGUACAGAAGUGUAAUGCUUGUGAAGGCCAAAAGAGGGUAUAGGAUCCCUAAGCAUUUGUGAGCUGCCAGCGUGGGUGCUGGGAACCACACUUGCAUCUUCUGUAAGAGCAAUAUGAGAGUGAACUUUCUGUUAGUGUCACAGUUAAUCUUUUUUUUUUUUCAUUUAUUUCAGAGUUAACGCUUAUCUGCUGAGCCCUCUUCUACAGCCCCCCCCCCCCCCCAAAUAAGCACUAGGCUGCUACCUAUGGGACUAGGGUGCUCACACACCUUGGGAGGGGGACUUAAAAUUGGCUUCACAGAAUCUGACUCUCAUCAGAACUCCUAUUUUCCUGGCAUCUCAGCUGUGGAAUCCAGAUCUGCAGCUCACUGCCCACCCUAGGAGUAGUCAGUGCCCACUGUUCUGUUCUACAACUUCCAGAACCAGAUAGGUUUGUUAUUUUCCCAGAUGGUUUUCCUUUAUUAAAAACCCAGGCAUAGUGACACAUGCCUUUAAUCCCAGCACUUGGGAGGCAGAGGUAAGUGGAUCUGAGUUCAUAGGCAGCCUGUUCUACAGAGCUAGUUCUAGGACAGUCAGGGCUACACAGAGAAACCCUGUCUUGAAAAAUAACAAAAAAGAAAUAUGGGGGUUGGGGAUUUAGCUCAGUGGUAGAGCACUUGCCUAGCAAGCGCAAGGCCCUGGGUUCAGUCCCCAGCUCCGGAAAAAAAAAAAAAAAAGAAAUAUGGCUUACCAUGCUCAAGUGCUUGCCCAUGCAACCCUGAUGGCCUGUUUGAGUGGGGUAGAAAAAAAAGAAAAUCAAGUAGCCAAAAUUGUCCUUUCAUAUAUUAAGCCCUGAGCUUAAAGCAUGGUGGCACACAUCUUUAAUCCCAGCACUUGGCAGGCAGAGUCAGGCAGAUCUCUGUAAAUUCAAGGCCUGAUCUAAGUGACAAGGUCCAGGCAGGACACAUAGUGAACAAUGUCUCAAAAAAAUGAGGGGGAAAAAAGCCCCAUGGUAUGGUAGCACAUGGCACAUCCAAGCUCUUGGAAAACAGAGAAGGAUCAUUCUUUUUAAGUUCAUACCAACUUAGACUACAAAGCAACACUGUCUCAAGAAAUUUUGUUUUUAAGUAUCAAGAAUUAGGAAGGCAAUGUGGAAAUCUAGGUCUGAGUAAACCCUGCUCCUGAGGCCAGUGGGUUCACAGAGAUGAAAGCCUUGGGUAGCUAUAGUUGAGUUGGGUAGGUCAAGAUGGAGAACUGAACUUUAUCAGCAUCUUCCUUGCAAUCAGCAGACCUUCUGUUGCUGCUGGCAUCUACCCCAACCUGUAUUCUGGAGAGUUCGGGGUCCAUUUGAAAAUGCACUAUGGAUGGGGAUGUAGCUCAGUAUAGUACUUGCCUAGCAUGCACAAAGCCUUGGGUUCUUUCUAUCAACACCACAUAACUAGGCUUGCUAAUAAGUGCUUAAGUUCCAGAACUAGGAGGAGGUGGGUGUUAGCACUCUCUAAGUUCCACCCCUACAGUUAACCUGGCAACAGCCAGGCAUGCCUGACACUAUGAAAAGGGCUGCUUGCCCCUUCCUCUCUUCCUCAUGCUCUCUUGUUCUUACCCCUCCCCCUUCUCUCCACGUGCUCAUGGCCGUCCUCUACUCUUCCUCUACUCUUCUAUUUCUCUACUUCUCUCUCUGCCCUACUACCCUCUUAAUUUCCCUCCCCAUGCUGGCUGGUCCCUCAGAGGGAAGGGAUGUCUCAGCAUGGGCCUGCUGAGGCACCCCCUUCCCCCAGACCCCCCCUAGAACAUAAUCCCCACCCUCUCCUUUAUCUUUUAUAAAACACAUUGGUAGGGCUGGAGAGAUGGCUUAGAGGUUAAGAGCACUGUCUGCUCUUCCAGAGGUCCUGAGUUCAAUUCCCAGCAACCACAUGGUGGCUCACAACCACCUAUAAUCAGGUCUGGUGCCCUCUUCUGGCCUGUAGUUGCAUACAUGCAGGCAGAAAGCUGUAUGAUGUAUACAUUAAAAAAAAAAAAAAAAAAAAAAAAAAAAAAAAAAAAACAUUGGUGCUGAAACCCAGGACAUAUCCUUAUCUUUUAAUAAACACAUCAGUGGGAGUGUGGACUCUGGAGGAUUGGGGGUUCAAGGUCAUCCUGGCUAGAUAUGGUAUAUGUCUAUACCCACCACUAAUCCCCCUGUCAUAUAUAUCCACAAAGAAAACAUGGUGCCUUACUUCUGUUCCAGUCCAAAGCCAGGCUGGCCAUGCCUCUUGGAAAUAGAAGUCCAGUGUGUUGUUCUUCCAUUACUUAGAGGUUGGUUCUAACCUCUGUCUAGCUAGGGUAAUCCCCUCCUAUCCCAAAGAGCCUUUCACUAGUGCUCCUUAGUAUCCCUCAUAAGUCUCUGGAUAAAGACUCCUUGGGCUGGAGAGAUGGUGUAGUAGGUACAAACAGGAUCUGAGUUUAGAUUCCCAGUACCUAUUUUAACACGAUACGGUAGUACAUGUCUGUAACCCAGUACUGGUGGUUGGAGCAGGAGGGAGGGUUCGGGGACAGUCAUUCUGGAGGCUUGAUGGCCAGCCAGUCUAACCAAAACAGCGAGUUAAAGGUUCCAUUGAAAGACCUUGUCUUGGGGUUGGGGAUUUAGCUCAGCGGUAGAGCGCUUGCCUAGCGAGCGCAAGGCCCUGGGUUCGGUCCCCAGCUCCGAAAAAAAGAAGAAGAAGAAAAAAAAAAAACCUUGUCUCAAAGUGCCUGAGGAAGGCAUUCUAAUAUUAACUUCUGUCUGGUCUCCACAUGUGCUGGCAUGGUUGCCUGUACCCCACAUGCACAAUACAUAUACAAACACAGAUCCUGUUCUAGUAGCCCACAAGGCUCCUCCUUAAACUUCCCCAUCUUCUUCCAUGGCCAUACUCUUCAUACCUGCUGCUUCUGGGAAAUGUAAAAAUCUGGAAAAGAAAACCUCAAAGACCUCCUUGGUACCACCCAUUUGUCUCACUCACCACUUCCUUGUAUCCUAACUUUAAAUCAGAAUUACCCUCUAUCACCUCUUUGUCCUAGUAUCUGCAGCCAAAAGGUGACAUUACUCACCUGGUAAGCUAGGUCCUCCAGAGCCUACAUCUGUCACAGCCCUCCUAUCUUUUUAUCUUCACUGUUUGUAGGAUCCAGAGAAUGAUUUACACAGUCAUAUUUGGUUUUGAAUGAGUUUAUUAAGCCAAAGUAAAAUAAUAAAUAGCAAGUGAUUAGUGGGGAGGGGAAGGGAGGUAAGUGAUAGAUACCUAGGACUUCUUGGCUGGCCAAUCUAGCAAAAAGUGAGCUUCAAGUUCUGAGACCUUGUCCCAAAAAAUAAGUUGGAGAAGACAUUGAUGGCAACUUUUAGCCCCUGCAAACAUAGGCACAGACUCAUGCACCCACACAAAAUAAGGUAGAUGUCAUUAUGCUAGUACUUUGGGAUCUUCUGGAUGAAAAGGGUUGAGUGGGGAGAGUAGGGGAUUUGGAAAUGUCUUCUCAGUGGUUCCUGUCCCAGAAACUUAGCAUUGAGGGUCAGAUACCAGGGACAACCAUUUCUACCCAAAGUACCUUUUAUCCUUGCUGUUUUACACACGCCCAAUCUUUGCUCUUCUGGGAAGCCUUGCAAUCCCUAUACCCACCCCCACUCAUGCUUGUGCCACCCCACUCCCUGCUCCUGAACUCCCAUAAUCCCCAACCUCCUUCUCUUUAAACUGAACUCCCACAUAGACAAUGAAGUCUUCCUAUUGCCCCAGCUUUCCAGCAGAGAACACCCAAGAGUGUCAGUGAAGGAAAAGCAUCUGCUGGCAGGAGCUUGCACAGCUGCUCAGAGGCAAGGUUAACUAGAACAGAUGGAAUUCCUGGCGAUUUGUUUGCAGGGUCAGGUUUCAGGCUACCUUUUGGCAAUUAUGCACUAACAGUUCUGUCACCUCAAGGAUGCAGAAUUGCUGAUAUUUAUUCUGGCUAAGAGAGGUGGAGAGCACCAACAACCCCAGAUGGAUCACAGCUCAUGUGUCUGGACCGCGUUCCUGCUCCCUCCUUCAAAGAACUCCCCAAUCUACCACAAUAAUUUAGCCCUCGAUCAUUUUUUUUUUUUUUCAGUUUCUUUUUUUCCGGAGUUGGGGACAGAACCCAGGGCCUUGCGCUUGCUAGGCAAGCGCUCUACCACUGAGCUAAAUCCCCAACCCCUUAGCCCUCGAUCAUUAUAGGCUUCUAGUUCAGCCCUUCAGUUUGUGUUGGUCUUGAUUGCCUACUGUGUGCUUUCCUUUCAGGCCAGCACAAAGAUCAGAGGACAGCUGUGGGGUUGAUUUUUCCCCUCCAUGUUACAUGGCUUCCAGGAAUCAAACUAAGGUCAUCCAGUUUGUUUUAAGCAAAUGUUUUAACCACAACCACAACUGCUAGCCAUCUCACUGGCCCAUUGUUAUCGGUUUUGAGAUUGGGACUCCACUCAAUUACCAAAUCUGAAUUGCAUGCGUGAUCCACCAGCUACACUUUUUUUUUCUUCUUUUUUUCGGAGCUGGGGACCGAACCCAGGGCCUUGCCCUUGCUAGGCAAGCGCUCUACCACUGAGCUAAAUCCCCAACCCCCACCAGCUACACUCUUAACCAGUAACUGAGAUUAUAGGCAUGACUUUUUUCAUAUUCCUACCUCUGACUCCAUUCAAGAUUCUGGAAACUUAAACCCAGACUUAGCCAUCCCUAACCAUCAAGACUCCUGCAAAAGCAGACUCAUCUCUGGGAACUCUCCAAGACAGGAAAGCAGAAGCAUCAGAAUCUUGAUGCUGUGUGCUAAAAUGAGGGAGGUGUCUCUCCCAAGCUAAGCUGCUUUCUUUCCAUUUAAAUAAGCUCAUGAAACACCCCCUGAGCUCAUUCCCAAGAGUUAUACAGGUUCUUGCUAUUCCAUCAGCCUCAUAACACACAGCAGCACACUUAUCACCUAAGUCAAGACCUGUUGAUUUUGUUUCUAAGAUUGGGUUUCGUUGUGUGUGUUCCUUGCUACACUGGAACUAUGGCCUUAAACUACCAGACCUUCCAAUCCUCCUGUUCUUACCUCCCAAAUGCUGUUUUAUGAAGUUCUGGAAAUCAGGUUUAAGCCUUUGUACAUGCUAUAUAAAAGUACACUACCAGAGCUACAAACCUUGGAUUUAUUUAUUUUCCUUUGACAGGGUCUCAACUUUAUUUUUCCCAAGAUAAGUUCUCAUUAUGUAGCCCUGGCUGUCCUAGAACUUGGUAUGUAGACCAGGCUAUCCUAGAACUCAGAGAUCCACCUGCUUCUGCCUCCCAAUUGCUGAGAUAAAGGUCAUUAUGUCCUUUUAACAGGGUCUCAACUUUCUAGCCAGAGUAUGGUCAUGCACUUAAUAUCCUUUUGCCCCCAGUCUCCCAGAUGUUGGGAUUACAGAUGUGUGCCACCAUACCUGAGCAGGACAUGGACUUCUUUGGUUAAGUUUCUGAGUCAGGGUCUCAUUAUGUAGCGUUAACUGGCCUGAAAUUCACUAUGUAGAUUAGGUUAACCUUGGAAAGGUUGCUACUACUACUUCUGCUGGUAUUACAAGUAUGCACCACGACAUCAAGUGCGUAGAGAUGUACUUUGUGACUCUAGGGACAUCGACACAUGUAUACUCAUCUAUGCACUGGAACCACCCUACUAGGGUCUACAUAUUCCUACUGGGACCACACCCCAGACUGGUGACAUAGGAAUCUCUAGAAGAUCUUUUUCAACAGUUCACAGAAUUCUAUUCUGUUCCCAAACUGAGAAUCAUAUCUCUGUACUCUGCUGACUGUUCUUUGUUCCUGUGGACUGAAUCCUGUGCUCGGGGCUCUCCUUUUCCUAUAUCUACCUUUGUCCCACUUUGGGUCUCAAGGGCUAUUUCCAUUUUCCUGCAAUUCAGUUUUCUGGUUUCUCCUCUCUGUGCUUCCUUUAACCACAAGAAACUUGAGAGGUCCUAAAACCCCCUACCUUCACAGGAACAAUCAUAUCCCCUGGCCCCAGAGACUUAAAUUUUUUUAAUACCACCCACCCAUAAAUCUGCUAUCCCAGUUGAUUAUGCUUUGGAGGUACAGCCCUGACUGAUGUGGCAUUUGUCACUUUAACAAGGAAGUCCUGUUGAGAGUACAAGUGGUGAAACAAGGCAGAUGAAGCAAUAUAGGAGGACAGAUAUGUCCUCAUAAUUGCACCAGCCAUAUCCUAGGCCUAACUCUUAGAGACUUCUAAGACCCAGAGAAAACCAUAAAAUCCCCACUGAGGUGCUCUGUUCCUGUGGCUGUCCUUGCUUCUUUGGAGACAAAGCUUGUCAGAACCCCAAAGUGUUAAAACUAAGAGGGAAGGGGGUUGGGGAUUCAGCUCAGUGGUAGAGCGCUUGCCUAGCAAGCGCAAGGCCCUGGGUUCGGUCCCCAGCUCCGAAAAAAAGAACAGGAAAAAAAAAAAAAAAAACUAAGAGGGAAGAGGGACAAUAGGGAAGAGGCUAGUGGCAGCUCCGAACUGUGUGCUUUAGAGAUGUGCUUAGGUCUAAUGACCUGACCUUGGGGACAGACAGUAGUAGACAGACCUCAAGGAGGUGACAGAAGGCCAACUCCGCCUCCUUCCUCCUCUGCCCUCCUCACCCUGACAGCCCCUACUUGGUGUGUCAGCCUGUGGAACAGAAACCACUGUUACUUCCUCAAGACAGAAGCGUAAGCUCAGAGCCCAUUCACCCUGUGGUUCAUCACACCCUGAAGCCAUGGUGAGUCCUCAAGCCCCCAUUGGAAAUUCUUCUGGCCAGGUAACAAGGGGGCACAAGCAGAAACUGGGGAACUGUAAAUAUGCCCCCAGGAGUAGCCUAGCAGAAUAGAGAUAGAAUAGUCUUGGAAUGAAAUGACCCAGGAAAAGAUAGGGACUAGCAAGGCAUAGCUUGAGCUCUUGUGUACCAGCUUUGUAUUUGUGACUACAAGGCAGUGUGGUGCUGGUUGGGUCUGCAAGAAACAAUAUACCCUCAACCCAGGUCAGCAGCUGGGAUAUAAGCAGAGGCUUCCUGUGGGAUGAUUAUAUGGGUCAUGCACCUGCUACACCAGUCCCCAUCUCCAGCCAGUCAGUUACCCAAGCUAUGCUGUUAAACUCUUCCUUAUCUAGUCCUGUGGUCAUCUGGAGUUGUUGCCUCAACUCACUUAGACUGGGGCUUCAACAAAGGCAUGUCUGACCUCAGGCAAGAAUUUGCUUCCUUCCCAGAGAUCCUUCUGAGUCCAUCUCAAGAUGGGUUCACAAGGUUCUGUCCUCUCUGUUCUCCAAUCUUCUUUACCCUUGGUGAAGAUAGGCUGGGAGUAUCUAUCAGUAUUUCUACCAGCACCUGUGACCUAUGGCAGAGAGCCGGUCAGACUUGAGAGCACAGGAGAUGUUCUGAACAUGUCAUAUGGUGCCUGUACCCAUUUGGAGAUUCUGCCUGCUGGUCCUCAUGGGGGGUUUCAUGAGUUAUAUCAGGGACUAUCAGACCUUAUACCCACAUCUUAGAUAGAUGUGUGUGAAGCUUAACUUAGACUGGCUGGCCAACAAGCCCUAGAGGGCCUCCUCUCUUAUCCUCUCCAGAGCUAAGGAUGACAGGUACUGCUGCUGACUUUUUUAUAUAUGAAUACUAGGACUCAGGCUUGCAUGACAAGUACUUUGCCUACUGAGCAAUCCUUCUAACCCCCAAAAUAAAAUUUUAACAGUUUAUAGUCAAACUGGAUGUGGUGGUACACACCCAUAAUCCCAGUACUCAGAUGGCUGAAGCAGUAAAAUUGUGGAAUCCCAGACAAGCCUGGGCUACAUAGUGAGAAACUGACUCAAAACAAGUAAAUAAAUAAAGCCAGUGGUGGCACACACCUGUAAUCGAAGCACAUGGGAGGUGUAGGCAGGAGGAUCAGGAGUUCAAGGUUAUCUUCAACUCUAAAGCAAGUCUGAGGCCAGCCAGCCCAGGAUAAAUGAGACCCUGCUUCAAAACACAAACACUGAAGAAAAAAAAAAAAAAAAAAGACAAAGCCCCUCACUACUGGGGAAUAGAGCUCACUGCUACAGAGCUUGUUUAGCAAGGUGCUACAUUCCCUCCCUAACACCACGAAAAUAAAAACCCUCAAAACAACCUUGUAAAGACAGCAUAACUAGUAUAAAAAACUUCCUAGGUAAUGAGAGACAAAGAAAACAGAAAAUGUUAGUGAAUAUGGGCAACUGGGAAGAGAAAACUGAUUUAGAAUGGGGUUUUCUCAGAGGUCACCCUCAGGAACAUUAUGAUGAAGACAUGAAGGAGGACGAGGAGAGACCAAUGCACUGUGUGGGGAGCAAUCAGGACUUCAGAAACCUCCAAGCUAAGUUCCAAGCCUCUCAGCCAGAACUUGGAGAACCGUUCAGAAAACCCCCAAAGCCUGAGUUCAACAAACUCCUGAAGAAGUUUCCACAGACUGAGUUAAAUGAGCAGCCCAAGAAGUCCUCACAGUCUGAGCUCAGUGCAGUGUCCUUGAAACCACUGCAGCUGCAGUUUGCAGACCUCCCCAAGAAGCCCCCACAGCCCGAAGUUCUUAAAAAGUUGCCACAGCCUGAUCUAGCCAAGAAGCCUGCACAGGCUGAACUCCCAAGGAAGCCUCUACAUCCAGAGUCCGCUGGUCUCAAAAAGCCUUCCCAGGCUGACUUCACAGAUCUCAAGAAGCCCUCACAGCCCCAGUUUGCCAGCCUCCCCAAACCCCCCCAGUCUGAAUUCCCUAAUCUCCCCAAGAAGCUCCCCAAACCUGAGUUUGGAGAGCUCUCCAAGAGAUCUCCACAGCUUGAGGCACCCCAGGAGCCUAGUGUACCUGCCCAGAAGUCUGAGCUCAACAAUCCUGCCAGGCCUCUAGAUCUCAAACCCAAGAAGUUUUGGCAACUUGAGUCCAAUGAGGCCCCUCUGAGGCCUUUGCCAUCUGAGUUCAGUACCUUCCCCAAGAAGCCACUGCAGCCUGAGGCUGUUGGUUUGUUUGGGAAGUCCCUAACACAGUCAGAGUCCAUCCAAGUUCCUCAGACAUCCCCCUCUAAGCAUGGAUCCAGUGAGUUUUACUCCCACUCCCCACAGCCUGACAUCAGUCCCUUUCCAAAGAACACUGUGCAGUCUCAGUUCAAUGAGAAUUUUAGGAAGCCUCCAUAUCUUCAAGCCACUGGUUGCCCCAAGUCCCCAAAACAGCCUAUGUUCUAUGAGGUCCCCCAGACACCCUCCUGGAAGCCUGAGUCAUGUAACCCCCAGUCUCACUCCCCGCAGCCAGACUUCAAUGCAUUUCCCAAGAAGCAUCUACAGCUUCAUUCAAGUGACCUUACCAGAACAUCCUCCGAGCCUGAAGUCUGCAAGGUUCCCAAGAAGACUCAGCAUCCAGACCCCAAUGUGCUUUCUAAGAAGCCCUCACAGCCAGAAUUGGGUCACCUUCCUAGAACAUCCUCGGAACCUGAGUUCAGCUCACUCCCGAGGAAGCCUCAACAUGGCAAGUUCUUCCAGCCUGAGUUCCCCAAGGGUCUGCCUAAAAAGCCCAAGCUUCCUGGUUCAGUGUCCGAAAGCUCCCUGCCCCCUGCUAUUGUGGGCUCAAGCCCCCAGCUCCCCCUCAGCCCUGGACUUAGAGUUCCUGGUAUACCCCGCUGGAAAUCAGAAGACUUCCAAGUCCGGUGCCCACCCCGACGGCGGCCCCUGCCCUCAGCCAGCAGCCUGGGUCACCCCCCAGCCAAGCCCCCACUACCACCUGUCCCCAUCAAUAUCCAAAGCUUCAGGAGAGCUCCUGAAACAGCCACAGCUGUACUGAAAAGAGGCUCUUCUAUUGGGACCCACUUCCAAGGCCAACAUUCUCAACAUAUUGCACAGAACCCGGAUGAGAUCUAUGAAUUGUAUGAUGCUGUGGAGGCCACAGAUGACUCUAGUCUCAGCCCUAGAGGCAGAGAUGAAAGGCAGUCUACCCAGCAAGCCACCAGAUGGCCUCAAAAGGAGCCAGAGCUCAGGAAGAAGGCCACACAGCCCCAGCAGCUGCCAGCCACAGACCCCAAGCUGCAGAAACAGAUCAGGAAGGCAGAAAAAGCUGAGAGAGAGUUUAGAAAGAAGUUCAAGUUUGAAGGUGAGAUUGUAAUUCACACAAAGAUGAUGAUUGACCCCAAUGCCAAGACCCGGCGUGGGGGUGGCAAGCACCUGGGCAUCCGGCGUGGAGAGAUCCUAGAGGUGAUUGAAUUCACUAACAAGGAUGAGAUGCUCUGCCGGGACCCCAAGGGCAAGUAUGGCUAUGUGCCCAGAACUGCAUUGUUGCCCUUGGAAACUGAAGUAUAUGAUGAUGUCAGCUUUGGGGACCCUCUGGACACGCAACCAUUUCCUCAGGGACAGUAUGGCAGAUAAGUGGGUUCCAGGACCAACAGUCCAGCCACUGCUCACUCAGGAGCCCUGGAUCCCAGCCUGGCAAACAGACACCCAAAGGAAUGUGCUUACAUAAAAGUCCUCUUAAAAUAUCCUGGUUUCUUGUCUUUUCUCUCUUUCCUGACUGGCACACACAGUAGAACACAUGCAUAUAUAUGUCUGGCACCAAAGGUGAAGGGAAAAAAAAAUCAGUUACCCUCCUAAUUGAAAGGAGCUGAUGAAAGGAUCAUUCCACACACAACUUGAAUGACUUAGUAGCUGCACCUGAAAGCUUCCUGUAGGCUGCAAGCAUCUGUGUUUCUAAGUGAGUGAGUCUAUGAUGACCCAUCACUGGUGGGGCUCCAGCCUAGCAAGACAUCCGUAUGAAGUAUGUCCCAAACAGUGACAUUCUCAGUGGGCUUGAACAAAGAAAACCCAAAGUGAAGUGAACUGGGACUCAGAAUAAAGCCAAAGGAUACUUUCAGGAUUGCUGUAAGAUAUUUCAGGGUUGCUAAUGUCACACCUAGAAAAAUGACAACCUUCUAGAAUCUUUACUAAUAGUGUUCCUAGUAUAACCAGGUCCUCUCUUCAAACCCUGGGGCCCACAGACAAGCAACCAUGAGAUCCCUGGUGUUGACAGCUUUGAGGAAGAAGGAAGUGCAAGCUGCCCCGCUCUGCAGACCUCAAAUGGCCACCUCUACAGAAACAGACAAAAAUACAAAAAGGCAAGCCACUUUCAGGAACUGGUAUUUAUUAUCAAAGUCAUAUUCGAUGUCAACAAGAUGCCACAACUACAAAAAAAAUUGCGCACAUUGCAAUCUCAAUGCAAACAGUCAAAUGGAACCCCAAUCAUUAAAAAAUUAAUUCAAAUUACCCCAAAAAGCAACUGAAUUUUUUAAACAUCUUUAUACAUCCAGCCAACAAAUUAAAAUGGUUAACAAGAAAAAAUACAAAUUCAGAGGUCUGGUACUGAUGUUUAAAAAAGGCAACUGCUUAAGCGUUUCUAUCAAUUCGAACAUCAAUCUCUCGGCCACUCAGCUUCAUGCCAUUCAUCAUCCGGCAGGCUCUCUCAGCCACCUCUGGAGACUCAAACUUAACCACACCGCACCCCUUGGACUUUCCGUUCUCCAUCUUGAUGUCGGCGUACAGCACGUGGCCUGGCACAGGGAGGGAAGAAGAGACCACACGCAUCAGGCAAACCCAGAGCUCAGCCUCAGUCUGGGCUCCACUCAGUCCAGAUCACCUGUUGGAUUUUGGUGACAAGAGUCAAAAAGGAGAGACCCUUGCAUAUGAAGUGAAUGCUCAGAACACCACGUAUGGCGGCGCCAGCAACUACAGCCCCCUCCACUACAUUGCCAUUGUUCUCCAAGCAUGACAACAACUUAACCUGCUGUGAAGAACCUGCAAAAUGGCUUCAAAUAUUUGUGGUUAUGCUCCAGCAAAUUACAGAGAGAGGGGACUAUGGAGACAACCUUAGAGUAGAACUCUUAAGGGUGAUUGCUGAAUAAAACCAUCUUGUCACAAGACCAUUACCAAUACAAUGGUUCUAUACUGCCCCAAUGUAAGGCAGGUAUACUCAGUGAGUAGCUUAUGGACCUAUAUGAUUAUUAUGUACCCAGGUAUGCGUCAAGCACAAAAGAAAUGGGUCUAUAAUAGAUUAAGAGUCAAAGACACACAUUAGUGCUGUUAGGGCCCACAAUUCUAGUGCUACUAAUGGCUUGGGGAGAGAUGACAUUCCACUGGCUUCUCAUGAUAAAGUUCUGAAAGAUAUUAAGUAGAAAUUCAUCAAAAUAAACAUUCCUCCCAAAGUUAGAUACAAUGGUACCUGCAAAUCUUAGUACUUGGGAGACUAAAGCAAGAUUUUGCAUUCUAGGCCAACAUGGAGCUACCUGGCAAGGUCCAGGCUCAAAAGGGAAUGACAAGACAGAAGAAAAAGAGGGACGACAGAAAGAAAAAUGGAAAGGUGUCUCACCUGUAAUCCCAGCCCUUGGGAGUUGGAGGUAGAGGAAUCAAGAGUUCAAGGUGACUAAGGAUGCAGCUCAGUGGGCAUAGUGCUUUGCCUAGCAUGCAUAAAACCCCUGGUUUGAGCCCCAGCAUUUGUACAAACCAGGCAGGGUGGCACACCUCUGUUAUCCCAGCAUUCAGGAAGUAGAAGUAAGAAGACUACAAGUUCAAGAUUAUUUUCAGCUAUAUAGUAAGGGUCCAUCUGAGUUUUAAGAGACCCAAUCUAUACUACCACUCCUAAACGCCCCGACCUCCAAAAAAAACCAACUAGAAUUUAAGGUCAUACUUGGCUACAUAAAGUCUUUGGAACCUCUCUCUCUCUCAAAAAAAAAAAAAAAAAAAAGUAAA